GUAUGAAAGACUUAAACCAUAUUAUUUUACUAAUCAAAGGAUUCGGUUGGUUUGUGGUUUUUAUUGGCAAUCAACUCGGACCGGCCAAAUUUAUUACUUUCAGGUUCACGGUUCAACCCCACCUUCAUCUUACUCUUCCAAGUCUUCCAUCUCCGUCGUCUCGUCUGUCCGACAUCCGGUUUCAGUCUCUCUGAUCGUCACGGUUUCAGCUGUUCUUCAUUCUGAAUUUGGUUGGAACAUGGAUGGAGAAAUUCCCAACAUAAAGAGAUGGGUAGUACUGUAUCCCAUCUAUAUUAAUUCAAAGAAGACGAUUGCUGAAGGAAGACGUAUAGGUGUUAGCAAAGCAUGCGAGAAUCCUACGUGUGUUGAGAUCGGGGAUUGCUGCGGUCAUCUCAAACUGCCUUUUGCUAUUGAGAUUGAUAAAGCUUAUCCUCGUGAUUUCAUGCAAAGAGGGAGAGUGCGGGUUCUGCUGAAGAAGGAGGAUGGAACUCUGUCUAAUCCAGCUAUUACUUCCAGAAAACAACUGAUGCUUCGUAUAGCCGAACUUGUUCCUAGACAUCCUGGAAGGACAAAGAAGCAGGAGCCUGCAUCAUCAUCAUCAACUGCAGGACCUUCAAAAGGCAAGGGUGGAAGGAAGAAGAAAUAGUUAUAAUACAUAAUUACAAGAAACAGAUUGUUAUUGACCAGGCCUCAUAUCUUAAUUCUUAAUGACACUUGAGUAUCGGUGUUCUGCUCCGCCCCCAACGAAACUAGACAAUCGGUUUGUUUUGAACAAUUUUGUAAAAUAGUGGAUCCUGGAGUUUUUUUUUUACCGAGAUAGGAGAAAAGUGGAUGAGAAUUAGGUUUGAAUUAUUCGAUCUUUUGCUUAAAUCCUUACAGUUGAAAUAACCUAUCUGUGAGCAUGGUUUACAUGUUUGGAGAUUGAAAAAUGUGGAAAUUUCUCAAUACUUUGUUGUCAUAGUCAGAAUCUGGAAAUAUGAAAAUUUUGAGACUUGAUUAUAA